CGUGAUUAUUUCACAAUCAUAAGUUAUGAUAUAAUGUUUUCUAAUAACACUUCGACACAUAUUGAGAAAAAGACAUUUUAAUUGUUAUUAUUAACGAAAAUGAUUUCUUCUUAGAUGUGUACAAAAUAGAAUCUGAAUUAUCAUUAUCUUCUAAUACUGAUCUCAAUCGUUCGUCAAUAAAUGAAUUUCAAAUAAUAAUCUCAAUUAAAAAUAAUAAUUCGACUAUGAAUGACAAAUUGUGUUUAGUUGUGACACGUGCAACAUCCAAUGAACAACAAAGAAUUUCUAUUUCAAUAGCAAAUCAAAGCAAUAAUUGUUCUCAAUUAAGACAUGUCUUAUGUAGAAAAAGGUCAAUUAUUAUUGAUCAGAGAAAUCAACAAAUUUGUUUUCGUAAACCAUUAACACUUGAUGUACCUGUUAUUAUAUCAAAUUACUUAACACAUGAAUUAUGCAUGUCUACUUGCAUGGACUUAGUAGCACAUGUCAGUCUUCUACAUAUGAAUAGAUGUUAUUGCUUGGAAACAACUUCGGAAACCAUCGAUUUCAAAGAGAAAUAUAGAGAAUAUAUCACAAAAGACUGUGGGAAGUCCUGUCCAGGUAAUCCAAAUGAAUACUGUGGUGAUACAAAUACAAUCGUUGUCUUACGUAGAAAGAAUGCUUUCCAUACGCAGACAUAUGAUGAAUCUAGGAAAUACUAUAAAACAUAUCCUGAUUUCGUUUAUGAUAGCUGUGUACAGUUUAAUAAUACCAAUCAAUUCGGAAUAUAUCAAUUCAAUAUGCUUAAUAAUCAUGAUAUUCAUCCACGCCAUUGUUUAUUACUAUGUAAAAAGUAUGAACAACGAUAUGCACUUCUUAAUUCAAAUACAUGUUUAUGUAUGAAUAAUACAAUAACAACAACAAACAAGCUGACUUUCUUUAAUUGUGAUCGCAAAUGUUAUGGUAAUUAUUUUUAUAGAUGUGGACACACAAAUGAUUCAACAAUAUAUUCAGUAUAUCUUAUGCGACCCGUAUGUCCAUUAGGUUUUCAAAUGACUGAUAAACAGCAACGAUGUACUCAUGUUACAUAUUUAGUAAAAGAUUCUUUUUCAAGUGCACAAUCUUAUUGUAAAUCUAGAGGUGGGGUACUAGCAAAAAUAAAUGAUAUUUUAGAAAUUCAAGAUCUAUUACCUAAUGGAUUACUUAAUAAUAAUAAUUAUUAUUUCGAUAGAUUUCCAUUUGAUUAUUCAAUAAUUAAUAAAAAAGAGUAUUUUUGGAUUGAUCGUACAACGAAUAUUAUAAAUAACAAUACAACAUCACAAGGUUUUCUCAGAAAUUGUAUCGAAAGAUCAAAAUCAAUUGAUCGAAACUGUAUUGUUCUUCGUCGUGAAAAGAUUUUCGUUGACAAUGUGCUGCAACUUCAACGAUGUUUAUCUGAAUCAGAUCAAUGUUCAUCGGCAUCUGCAACGCCUGUCUGUGUUGACAAAAAUCUAGAAUCUCAUUUAAACACAAUGCCUUCAAUGAUAGUUGAUGAUUUAUCGACCGUAAAAGUUAAUAUGUUCUUAGAUAAUUCAUGUGGUAACGAUACAGAUUAUCAUUUAAUCGAUAUUUUUUGUUAUAAGGUAUUAUUGCACAAAAUGACUUGGCAUGAAGGAAAAGCUGAAUGUGAACGUGAUAACGCUACGUUAUUUUUACCCACAAUAAAUGGGAUGUACCGCUCGGUAACAAAAUUUAUUCCACAUCAACAUAAUAAUAUAUCAUCUACUAGUAUUAUACAUACUGAUUUUUCUUAUGUCAAUGAAACUUCUUAUAUUAAAUGGCGUAAAUCAAUUGAUGAAAGCAUUAAAACACAUAAACCCGAUUAUGAAUACUAUCAUACUUUAUGUAAAGAAUCGUAUCAUGACAAUAUUUUUAAUUUAAUAGAACUUCUAUCUAAUCUAACAAUGAAAGACAUAGAUGAACUAGAAGUUCUUACAACAAAAUGUACACAUAUUAAGCUUGGAUCGAAUUUUUCAGUAGGAAGUGAAUGCAAUGAAAAAUCUUGCAAUCAAUCAGCGACUGUAAUAUGUCAAAAAUUGCCAAUUAUAACGGCUCGUACUGUACUAGCUAAACGUGUUUAUGCAUAA